AUCUAGUUCAUCGUUAUUUUUCCUCUCUCUAAAACUCUAGAGAGAGAGAGAGUGUGUGUGAGCGUGUGGGGGUGGGUUGAUGGUGAAUGGUUGUUGAAUGAUUGAUCUCUCGAUCGCCCUCUUUCUUUGACUUUGGAUUCAUUUCUGUUUCCAUCUCACUUCCCUUUUCUUUCCUUUCAAUUUCUUUCUGGCGUGUGCGCGUGUGUGAGAGAGAUUUUUUCUCUCUUCUUCCAUUCAAUUUAAGACUUGUUUUUGGUUACCCUCAAUUCCCAAAAUCGCUAUUGAAAAUCUUCCUUCUCAAAUUGUCAUUUCUGGAAUAUGAAUGAACCGUGGCACCAAAUUUGUCUACAUUUUUUUUUUCUUUUUCACUUCAUUUCACAAAAUUUUUUGUUUGUUUGAUGAUGCAAGCACUUUGAGUGGACUGGAUUUGUGUUCGUUUGUGGGGUAUUUUUGAUUCCCCAAAAACAAAGUUUUUUUUUUUUUUUUUGCUUUGUGUGUUCAUUUAUCAAUUUAUCAAUUCAGAUUUGUGUUGUGAUUAUUAUGGGUUGUGCUAAUUCCAAACCAAAGGGAUGCCAACAUUGUCACUGCAACACCCCUUAUUAUUCUUCUUCUAUGGCUAGAAGCUUCUCGGUGCAUGUACAUCACCCACCUCAAACCAAAGGAGACAGUUACCAUGUUGUGGCACUGACAUCAACCACACUAGGUUCUCUGGACCAGGAUGUACCCCACAACAACAACUACCAUGGCAAUGGUUUAAGGUUUCCCAAUGGCAAGGUCAUUGGUAGUGACAGUUUCAGGCCCCAGAAUCAGGAUCAUGAUGAUGAUGAUGAUGAUGACGAGGUUGAGGUUGAGGAGAAGAAGAAUGAGCCAAAGACAUGGUCUGAAAUGAUUGAACAAAUGUUGCCAAAAGCUAUGAUGAAGUCUCCAAUCUCAACACCUCCUUGUGAGCCAGAGACAAUCAACACAUGGGAACUAAUGGAAGGACUUGAAGACACAACAAGCCCUUUCAGAUCACCAAAGCACUUCAAGAGCUUCUCUUUUGAUGUCAAUGUCAACAGGCAUGUUGAUGUUGCUGAUGUUGAUCCACCCUUAAUUCAGAAUGGCAAUGAUUCAGCCAAACCAAUAUCGGUUUCAGAUUCUGAUGAUGAGCCUCAAGAGAAUCAAGAGAGCAUGGACAGAAAAAGGUUCUUCUCUAUUGAGGAAGAGAUGAUCAGUGAUGAUGUUGUUUCUUCAUUCAAGAAAUCGUCGCAAGAGAAGCAAGAGGGCAUGGAUAGAAAGGGGUUCUCUGUUGGGGAAGAGAAGAUCAGUGAUGAUGAUGAUGUUGUUGUGGAUUUGAAGUCAUGUGGGAAGGACAAGGUGGUGUUGUAUUUCACUAGCUUGCGUGGCGUGAGAAAGACUUAUGAGGAUUGCUGCCAUGUGAGGCUAAUUCUGAAGGGCUUGGGGGUGAGGGUGGAUGAGAGGGAUGUGUCAAUGCAUUCAGGGUUCAAGGAGGAGCUCAAGGAGCUAUUAGGCCAUGGAUAUGGUAAGGGAGGGUUAGGAUUACCAAGGGUGUUUGUUGGGAGGAACUACAUUGGUGGAGCUGAGGAAAUUCAGCAACUGCAUGAGGAGGGGAAACUUGAGAAAUUGCUUGAUUGUUGUGGAAAGAUUGAAGAUGGUAUUGAUGGCGAUGGACUAUGCGAGGCAUGUGGGGAUGUGAGGUUUAUGCCUUGUGAAACUUGUUAUGGAAGUUGUAAAAUCUACUAUGAAGGUGAUGAAGAAGAAGAUUAUGAUGGUGAGGUGGGUGAGUAUGGAUUCCAGCGUUGCCCUGAUUGCAAUGAAAAUGGACUAAUCCGCUGCCCCAUGUGCUGCUACUAGUUUCCUCUUUUUUGUCCGAAACUAUAGUUAUCGUCUGCCGGAGACAAUCUUGGUCGAACCAGAUAAGACUACUAUGGGUUGGCAAUGAUGACAUUUAAUUUAACACAGGUAAUUGAACAAAUUUUUUGAGUUGUGUUCUUCUGGUGUUUUGUUUAUAGUCAGAUUUUGUUUGUACAGUGAGGUUUUGGUGUGGUUGAUCAUGUUAGAGAAGAAGAAGGAGAUAAAAGAGUGAAUAAUAACGUAUUCUAAUUAAUCAGUCCCUCUGCAUAACUAGUGCAAUUUACUGCAUAGUGUAUACUUUUCAUUUUCCUUUUUCAUAAAACAAAAAGACUUGUAUACAAUUCCUUUCUUGCAAAAGAAAUGCAGAGUUACAAGGGUAUAGUAGCAUUCACAUUCUUUCA